CGUCCUCGCCCCGCCCCCUACUCCUUACUCCCGCCGUCCUUUCGCUUCCCCCCUCCCGGCUGCUACUGCUUCUUGUGCCCUAGGACCGCGCCUUGUCUGUUAUUACGGGGGGUGAGACAAAAAAAGAAAAAAACAAAAAGGACGAGGGGUGUUACCGAGGCUGCAAUUUACAUCAAUAAGGGAGCUAUAGCAUGGCAGCGGGAAGGACCAGCUCCUAUUCGUCUCCAUCCUCCAGCUUUAACGCUGGUUCUGGGAACAGCCACACUGCGACGGCAGGUAGUGAGGACGAAGAUGGACACAACCUAUGGUCCUCGAUCCUCAGUGAGGUCUCUACUCGCUCCCGAUCUAAGCUGCCAUCCGGGAAAAAUGUGCUAUUGCUGGGAGAGGAUGGUGCAGGCAAGACAAGCCUGAUAGGAAAACUUCAGGGAAUAGAGGAAUACAAGAAAGGAAGGGGAAUGGAGUAUCUUUAUAUAAAUGUGCACGAUGAAGACCGAGAUGAUCAAACCAGAUGUAAUGUGUGGAUCUUGGAUGGAGACCUUUAUCACAAGGGUCUACUGAAGUUCGCCAUGGAUGCUAGCAGUAUAAGGGACACAUUAAUUAUGUUGGUGGUUGAUAUGUCCCGUCCGUGGCUAGCGCUGGAUUCUCUACAGAAAUGGGCUAGUGUAAUAAGGGACCACAUUGACAAGCUGAAGAUCCCACCUGAAGAAAUGAGAGAUAUGGAAGAGAAAAUGGUAAGGAAAUUUCAGGAAUAUGUGGAACCUGGAGAAGAAUUUCCAGCAUCACCUCAAAGAAGAAACACAUCUUCACAAGACGAUCAGGAUGACAGUGUUAUUUUGCCACUGGGAGAACACACACUCACACAUAAUCUUGGCAUUCCCGUUGUAGUUGUUUGCACAAAGUGUGAUGCCAUUAGUAUUUUGGAGAAAGAACAUGACUACAAAGAUGAGCACUUUGACUUCAUUCAGUCACAUAUCAGGAAGUUCUGUUUACAGUAUGGUGCUGCACUUAUUUACACCUCAAUAAAAGAAAACAAAAACAUUGAUAUUGUAUAUAAAUAUAUCGUUCAACAGUUAUAUGGGUUCAAUUUUAAUAUGCCUGCAGUGGUUGUGGAGAAGGAUGCAGUAUUUAUUCCAGCAGGAUGGGAUAAUGAAAAGAAGAUAGGUAUUUUACAUGAGAAUUUUCAAACUCUAAAGCUGGAAGAUUCUUUUGAAGACAUCGUUACUAAACCACCAGUGCGGAAGUUUGUGCAUGAAAAAGAAAUUGUGUCCGAGGAUGAUCAAGUAUUCCUAAUGAAGCAGCAGUCACAGUUGGCCAAACAACCUCCAACCGCAGCUGGAAGGCCGGAUGCCUCUCCAAGGGUGCCUGGUGGGUCGCCCAGGACACCCAGCAGAUCAGGAAGUUCAAAUGUUGCCAGUGUGUCACCGGUCCCUGCUGGCACGAAGAAGAUUGAUCCAAACAUGAAAGCAGGAACAACAAGCGAGGGAGUGCUGGCUAAUUUCUUCAACAGUUUGUUGAGUAAAAAAACUGGAUCACCUGGACCUGGUGGCACAGGGAACCCAACUAGCAAUCCCGGAGGUAACAGUCUGCCAACAUCUGCCAAAAAAACAGGCCAAAAGCCUGUGUUAACAGAUGUUCAAGCUGAGCUGGAACGAAUCUCACGAAAACCUGACAUUGUGUCGCCCACAUCACCUACAUCCCCUACGGAAAGUGAGGCUUCUUGAAGACACCAAACACUGCCGCUCGUCAAACUUCUUCGAUUUUGUUAAAUUGCCUCUGCCUUUUCCUUCCUCGGUGGUUGUGGAACUGCAGAGCCCAAAACACUUAGGUUUAUUAUUAUUUUUUUUUAAUUGAAGAUAGUUUUGAUAGAUCUCCCGGUUGACAAAGAAAUCCUUAUGGGACUGCUGUUUUUACAGUACACAUCUACAUCAUUUUCUACUUCCAUUGAUUUCUUCAUGUUUCUUUAAGCCACUGUUGGAUACAUUUGCAGCUUGAUACAGUUAAUAACCCGGUCUCCAAAAAAAUGGUUGUAGGUGACAUAUAGUUCCAUAGGUCUACUGAUGAUUCAACUAAUAUUAUAGUAGCCUUUGGAAGGUACAUUUUUGUUCUUUGCAAGGAAUGAAAAAAGUUGGAAGUACAGUCAAUAGAGAAAUAGUUGGAUUGGUAUGGGGUAAUAAAACAGACAUUAAAUAUUGCUGCUGUACGGAAACUAUGACCUAAGGUAUGGGCAGGUUCUAUUACCAGUUUACUUCACGCACUAAUUGUUUUGUGUAAAUUAAGGUGGAAAGUAGCUUCACUGUAAUACAUAAUUCUCAAGAUUUGUUUGUACAAAGCAUAUGGCUCUGCACUAGCUAAAUGUCUCUGAAUUGGUUCUAAGUCAUGUCAUCAAGGAUCAGUUAAUAAAGUUGUAUUUAUUCUCUGCAUAGACUUAAA